AUGGACCUCCUCCUCCGGGACCACCGCCGUGGGGUUAUCAACAACCUGGGUGGCAACCCCCGCCUCAGCCCUACCCUCAGCCCUACCAACCCCAGCCUGGCUAUCCCCCUCAACAUGCUCACCAUGCUCACCAUGCCCAUCAUGCCCAUCACCGAUCCCAGAGUCAGUCGCAUUAUCCAGGUGCUCAUGCACCGUCAAUGCAUCCCCCAUAUCCUCAAUAUCCUCCGCAAUCCCCUCUUCCCUACGGACAGUCACAAUCACCGGCGCAUCUCAGUGCGCCCCAAAAUGGUAAAGAUAACCCCGCCAAGCACACACACGCUCUCGCUCACCAAGAAAACAGGCCGACCGCGGGCCAACUCGGCCAGUUUGCCACCUCCACCACCACAGACAGCGCAGCAUUUCGGUCGGGGCGCCCCGUCCAACUACAAUUUCCAGUACUCUAACUGUACCGGUCGGCGCCGGGCUCUAUUAAUUGGAAUCAACUACGCGGGGCAACCGAAUGCCCUCAAAGGCUGCAUUAAUGAUGUCACCAACAUGUCGAAUUUCCUCACCCAGCGAUUCGGGUAUAAACGGGAGGACAUGGUGAUUCUCACCGAUGACCAACGUAACCCGAUGAGCGUGCCGACCAAGGCCAACAUCCUGCGGGCCAUGCAAUGGCUCGUCAAGGAUGCCCAGCCCAACGACUCCCUCUUUGUGCAUUUCUCCGGUCAUGGCGGUCGCACACCCGACCUGGAUGGCGACGAAGAUGAUGGAUUUGACGAUGUCAUCUACCCACUGGACUACCGCGUAGCGGGUCACAUCGUGGACGAUGACAUGCAUGCGAUCAUGGUGCGUCCACUGCGGCCGGGAGUGCGAUUGACAGCCAUCUUCGACUCGUGCCACUCGGGCACCGCAUUGGACCUGCCGUACGUCUACUCGACGCAGGGCAUCCUCAAGGAGCCCAAUCUCGCCAAGGAAGCCGCUCAAGAUCUGUUCAGCGCGUUCAACUCGUACGGUCAAGGAGACUUCUCCAGCAUGGCCUCUACCGCCAUCGGCUUCUUCAAAAAGGCAGCCAACGGUGGCUCCGCCCGCGAACGCACCAUCAUGACCAAGACCUCCCCAGCCGACGUGGUGAUGUUCUCAGGGUCCAAGGACACACAGACCUCUGCGGAUACGUUCCAGGAUGGUCAAGCGCGGGGUGCUUUAAGUUGGGCGUUUAUCAAAUCCCUGCAACAAUGGCCACACCAGAGUUACCUGCAGUUACUCAACACCAUCCGAAAUGAACUCGAGGGCAAAUACUCUCAGAAGCCGCAGCUGAGCUGCAGUCACCCACUUGAUUCCACCCUAACCCCAGACCCGGGACUGACGAUCGCAGACACCAACCUUCGCUUUGUGAUGUAA